AUGGAAAAGCACGACUUCACGGCAAUUCAUUACGCGGCACGACAUGGUGAGGUGACGGUGCUCUCACGCCUCCUUAACUGGAGACCUGAGGAGACGGUGAGCCUCCUCUCUUGUGUGAAUCGCAAUGGCCACACGCCCCUGCACCUUGCUGUCAUGUAUAAUCACGCAGACCUCGCCGCCUGCCUCAUUAAAUGGCGCUCACCAAUGGAAAUGCGGGAUAAAGAUGGAUGGACGCCAUUGCUGCUGGCUAUCACAAAGUGUGCCAUCGCUGCCUGCCUCACACUCAUCCAAUUCGGUGCUGACCUUCAUGCUUUGGAUCUUUUCCAGAGAAAUGUGUUGCACCUCGCCAUCAUGCACGGUGCGCUCAAAGACGAAGCUCUUUGGAAGCGAAUUCGAGAGGUGAAGCAGUGUCUCUCAUCAAUCCUGGUCACACAAUUAAUUUGA